CCAAGGCGCUGCACUUCCAUCCCAUUCUCACGACAAUCAGAAAAACCGAAAAAACCAGACCUAUCUUCCCCAUCUCUCCUCUUGAAGGAGAAUCCCUAGAAAGACGAGUCAAUGGCGAUCGCCACUCUCCAAAAGCUCUCUUCCCAAAUCCCACGCACUCCCUCCUUCAAAUCCAUCAUCACCCGCUCCUCCUUCUCAUCCUCAACUUCCCAAUCCAAGAAAGUCUCCGAUCGCAUCGUCAAGCUCUUAGCCAUAGAUCCCGACGGCCAGAGACGCGAGAUCGUGGGCCUCUCCGGCCACACCCUCCUCAAGGCCCUCACAAACAACGGCCUGAUCGACCCCGCAUCCCACCGCCUCGAGGAGAUCGACGCCUGCUCCGCCGAGUGCGAGGUCAACAUCGCCCAGGAGUGGCUCGAGAAGCUCCCUCCCCCGUCCUAUGACGAGCAGUACGUGCUCAUGAGGAACGCCAGGAAUCGGGUCCUGAACAAGCACUCGAGGCUUGGGUGCCAGGUCGUGCUGCGCCCGGAGCUCGAAGGGAUGGUCGUUGCGGUCCCGGAGCCAAAACCAUGGGAUACCCCGUAAGUCGCGUUUCUUGAAUUAGGGCAGAAACCCCAGGAAUAGGGGUUUGUUUUGUCUAAUUUUCUUGAAUUGAAUAAAUUCGGAAUUAAUGAUAUGUUGGAUUAUUUCUUAUGUUGCUGUUGAUUUUCUGAGGAUGGAUGGAUUUCUUGUUUAUUGUUGUUCUGUGAUUAUUGAAAUCUUUUUCUUUA